ACUUAUAGUAAUUUCCUUCCCCCCCCCCUAAGCCCCUUCAUUCAACAAAAUAUUAAAAUUGCGUAAAAAUACUUUUUUUUUACAUACGCUUUGAAUUUGGCGCCCUAAAUGUAGUUGCAAAAGCCACCACCGCUAAGUUUUGGCACUGUUCCCUGGGGAGAAAAUGAGAUGGAUGCAUUUCACCGCUAUCCGUCUCCCUCUCACAUUCAGUUUUUCGCAAUUUUCUCGCUUUUUCCGACAAAUUUUCCAACUAGAAGUAGUUUUUUGUUACCAGGAAGCGACGCCGCGUCGAUUGGCAUAAAAAAUUCAGAAAGUUCGCGAAAAUCCAUUUCCGGGAAAUGAGAGUCGUGUAAAAUCCCCAACCGUCAAAAUUUCCAUAGGCCACAAAUCCCGCACGGAGGGGCUCCUCGGGGCCGCAGGAGCACCCAUAAGUGCUCCAGGAACCCCAAAAAUGUGUUUUGUGCCCAAAAAUUUGGAAGAAAAAUGAGGAAAAUCGCAUUUUUGUAAAAACAAAACAAAAAAGUUCGCUACAGUUCAAAUUUCCAAUAAUCCUAUCACAUUUGUGAUUUUUUCGUGCACCGCCUGUAAUACUUAAGUCACGUCAUGUCAAAAAAGUAAAUAAAACACGGAAAAGAAAGAAAAAACUCCAAUUUUCUCAAUUUUCUCUCAUUAUUCAUGAAUUUUCUCAAUACAAAAGCAAAGUAAUUAAGUCAAAGUACCACAUAAAGUGCUAAUUUUAGUGCAGUUUAGCAUAUUUGGGGUAAAAUAUUGUUGUCCGGUUGAUUUUGGGCGCUGAAACAACAUCCGGGAUACCCCAUUCAUGGCUGCACUUCCCGGAGUUGGGAUUUUUGGUACUGGGAAUGUGACAAAGGUACUAGUGCCCCUUCUGCGUGAGAAGGGCUUUCACAUUGAUGCCAUUUGGGGGCGUACAAAUAAGGAAGCUGAGGAUGCCGCUCAGGAGCUUCAGAUUCCCUUCCAUACGAACAAAAUAGACGAUGUACUACUGCGGAAAACAGUCCACUUGGUCUUCAUUGUAUGUCAGCCGCUACUUCAUGCGGAAAUCAGCGUCAAAACAUUGGGCAUAGGGAAGCACUUGGUGUGCGGAAGUAGUGGCCUAGGGCAGGCGGAUGCGCUGAAAAUGUUCCGGGCAUCACAGUACUACCCCACAUUGAUUGCUCUCGUCAACCAUUCCCUUCGUUUUCUGCCCGCUUUUACGCAUAUGCGACGUGCCAUCCAAGAAGGUUAUCUCGGUGAUGCCAUCUCCCUCAUUCAGGUUCGUGUGCAAAUGGGAACACUGCUGAGGGAUAAAUUCGACUGGAUCUGUGAUGCCACAAUGGGUGGUGGAGUGGUGAAUCUCAUUGGGAGUCACGUAAUUGAUGUCAUCACCUUCCUCACGGGUCAGCGGGCGACAAGGGUCAACGGGGUCGUGCGAACCUUCACAAAGACCACGAACCACGUCAAAGGUAUCCGUCAGGUGUCCGCCCCGGAUUUCUGCACAUUCCAGAUGGAACUUGAGGGUGGGAUCCUCGUUACGGCAACCAUGCACAGCCACACAUCGAAUAGUAGCUUCACGCAAGAAAUCACCGUGUGCGGAGCUGAAGGCCAUUUAUCCGUCCGCGGAGGGGAUCUCUUCGGGCAACGUGUCAGCUCUAAGGGGGACAAAGAGGAAGUUCUAUUUGUGGAUGUGCAAGAUCUGCAUUGUCGCACGUCGGACACCCUCCUGCCGCGGCCAUACAUCAAGGGCUUGUGUAAGAUGGUUGGUGCCCUCCGUGAAGCCUUUCUGCCCGUCCAAGAGCAAACGGGGUGGAUAAAAGAACCCGUCCAGAUGGCGGCCACAUUCGAAGAUGGUCUCUACGUGCAAGCCGUCCUCGAUGCCAUUCAACGGUCCAGCGAACAGAGAACGUGGAUCAAAGUUUCCAUCAUGACGGAAUCGCCGACAAAUCAGACAAAGCUCCUCAAUGCAGCUCGACUCUCCGCUGUUACCCUCCACUGACAUCAUCCCACUAUUACUGGUGGGUACGCCUCUCCAACUCCCCGAUGAUUGUCCUCAAGGAAUCAACUUCUUCUCUGUGCAUCCGUUCCAUCUCAUCAAAGUCCUGCACCAUGAAAAAAAAAUCAAAGUAAGUUUUUUCUUUACUUUUAGCUGUGUUUCUUUCAGACACAGCUUUUGUGUACCGAGCAAAAUCGAAAGUCGUCAGAUCGGGCUCAAACUUGGUAUGAGCACGAAUUAGGGUCCCCACAUUCCAAAAAACGUAUGCGCCAAAAAAAUUUUUUUCCGGCCGGCCGGCCGGCCGUAGUAUAACACUAAAUUGCGAGAGAACGGUGAUAGAUAGAGACUUGCGGUAAACGGCAAAGUUUAAAUAUCGACUGGAAGACAUCCGUUUAUGAUGUCAAAUUUUACCCCCCACCCCUCCGUCCGCCAUUUUGAAUAACCUCAAAAUUUUGUUUUCGCUAUAUCUCAGCCCCUGUAAUAGAUAAAAAUCUGAAAUUUUUAUAUGUUGUAGGGGCAAUCAAGACCUUUCCAACGAUACCUCAUUUUCGAAAAUCGGUCAAGCCGUUUAGUCAAUAUGGCCGCCACAAUAUUUCAUCGAAAAUCGACCAUAACUCGAAAACGGCUUGACCGAUUUUGAUCAACCCGGGGUCAAAUGAAAGAUCUCAACAAACCCUACAACUCUUUAGAACAUCCGAAGUUUCAAAAGUGACCGCUAGGGGGCCAAAAAUCAAAAACAAAAUUUUCGAUGAGUUUUCGAUGAAUAUCUCGAAAACGCCAUUAUCGAUUUGCUUCAUUUUUUGAUAUGUUAUAGCUGACUAUAUUAUCUAGCUCCAUGCCAAAAAUGAAGAAAAUCUAUGUCGCCGUUCUCGAGAUAUAGCCUUCCAAAGUUAGCAUGUCAUAUCUCGGGUUCUACAAGUCCGAUUUCGAUCAACUCAAGCGCAAAUGAAAGGUUUCGUGAAACCUUACAAAUGUGUAGAACAUUGCAACUUCGAGAAAUGACCGCGAGAGGCGCUAAAAUCAAAAACAAAGUUUUCGAAAAUUUCGAACUCGAAUAUUUCGAAAAUUCCAUUAUCGAUUUACUUCAUAUUUUAAUAUGUUAUAGUUGAGGUUAAGACCUUUCCAACGAUAGCUCAAACUCGAAAAUCUAUGGAGCCGUUCCCGAGAUAUGGCGUUUUAAAGAUUUCUUGGGGGAUGACUUUUCAACUUCUCCCGACUUUGCGCGUAUUUAAAUUAAUUUGCGUUCUAGUUUGCUCUCACAAAAUUGGUACACUGAAAGAAACACAGCUCUCGUAAGCUUGGUCAGCUUACCCGUACAUUUUUUCUUCGAUUUUUGCAUCUCUAGCAAAGCAAGUACAAAAUAAAGGACAUUAUGUAUUUUUGAGAUGAUUAUCCUCUCGACAACGCUACAGGAAAUUCAGUUAAUUCUGCAUUUUGCUCCUUGGGAGCAUUUUUAAUUGGUUAAAUUAAUAAAGUAAUGAUGACAUUUUAUUGUUUAUGAAAGCAGAGAAAAAUGUUUUCUUUUUUUCAAAGA